GUCGCCGGCGCGUGCUUUCCUUUAUACACGCACCGAACGCCGUCCAGUGUAUUUACAAAUCGCCAUCGCAUAGGUUCUUUUCUUGCAGGAACGUUGAGUACCGAAUGGAAAAAACAAAAACUCCAGUUUGCAGCGGCUAUUUACGAUCUUUCACGAUCCCAGCUACGACAAUAACCGAAGCACAUGCGCUACAAUGACUUAAGUCAACUUAGAUUUUAUACUUACUACUUAUCAUUAACUAACAAAAUCAAAAUGCAACUUUUAUAACUUUAAACAUCGUAUAUAUUCUCUGUUCAUCUACAAAAUGCGUGUUAAACAGGUGGUACCCUUGCUUGGUUACGCUUAGGGUUGUAACACUCGGGUAUUUCCGUCCGUUUCCGCCGAUUACAACCGUUGCAACUUUGAAUAACGCGUCGGACGCUUCAUUCCGCUAUGUACACCGGUCCGGGCUCGUUAACUGCCAAAAUUUUAGAUCAGCUGCUUUAAAUUUUAAACAUUUUACGAUUUUACUCCCCCAAUAAAUGAUGUCGCAGUUGAAUUUUGUGCUGCCUAUUAACACGGAGGAAUUGCUUACAUCAUCUCCGGAUCAGUACUAUGUUCGCGAAGUUUUAUCCGCAUCACGAGUGAGCAAGGAAUUGAAAGUCGCGUCUGCAGGGUACAACGAAGCCGGAUCCACUUAUAUCUUAAAUCAUUUUGACACGUAUUUUUCGGCGGUUCAUUUAUAUCAAGACUUGCCGCGAGUAGUAAUCUAUGGAGCAUUUGAAGACAUUAAGAAAAGCCUAUUGGCCCUACCAAAUGCACUCAACUUUUACAUACAACAAGAUGAAUCGCCUCCCGAGGAAGUCAAGCAGGAGGUGCAGAAUAUACUCAAGAUGACUAUUUAUCUCUAUGUGAGUCUUUUCAAUUGUCUAGAGAAAGCAAUCACAUCAGAUAGCAUCUUGCACAACAACCGGAAGAAAUCCAAAGAUGCAUCAGGCAGUAACCUGAAGGUAAACUGGGCCAGUGUCAUCUCAGCAUUGAAAAAGUUAUUCCAAGUGCCUUUGAAUAAUUUCUGGGACAGUGCAGGUGUAGACAAUGCACUGAUAAACAAACUGCUUGAACUCACAAUGAGUAUGCUGAAAGAUCAAAGAAUCAAGCAGGACAAGGAAGCUGCCAGUGAGAUCUGGUCAUUCUUUGGUUUAUUGGUGAGUAAUUACGGCGUGGCGAACGCGUUGGUUAUUCGUGUUGCACGCCUCGUGAAAGAACACGAAUUUCUCGCACCGAUUGUCGCAGACGGUGUGCAACACCUCGUCGAGUUGUUCGAAACGCAAGCACUGCUCGUCACGUUUGUGUACGAGCUCACCGAAUGGCAGCUGCAGGAAACCAACGUGGAAUCCAACGCGGUCAAGAACAGCACACGCGUUGUGCACGAAUUCGCCAUGCGUUUGCCAGAACAAAUGCGUGAAUUGCUGGAAUAUUUAUCGAAAUAUCUGCGUGCGGACUCGCCGCAGCUACGAGCGAUGGUGUUAGGUGUGCAGGUAGAGAUUCUGGUUGCGGAGUCACGCAAAGUCGCAACGAUGUCUGCUGAUGAUAAAGAACCAUGGCGACUUUUACGUAAUGAUAUUCUGACUGCUUUAGAAGCAUUCACACAGGAUUCAUCAUCGUUUGUAAGGGCAAGGGUGUUCGGAUUCAUUGCGCGUCUUAUGCGCGAGAAUAUCGUUCCAGCCGUUAUCCAACAAUCGUAUUUGAAGAAAUCCGUGUUACACAUGCGUGAUGUAACGAGUAACGUGCGCAAAGCAGCCGCCAACUGCAUUACGUGCAUGUUGAAGCAUAACACUUUCGGACCAAAACUGCCUUAUAAACAAUUGUCUGAAGAAUGCACCGAGAAGAAAAACGAAUUGGUCAAGUUUAAAUACGAAGUGUUCGGAAUUGAUAUGGAAAAACAAGAACAAAUCGAACGCGAGUGGACUGAACAUCUUCCUGGUCUAUUGGCAGAGUUACAACAACUUGAAAUCAACCCAGAGGAUGAGAGCGAUGAAGAAAAUGGAAGCUGUCAUACGCUAGCAUCCGGUGUAAGUGCAGGAAGUAAAGAUUCAGGAAUAAGUGAUGAUUGCGCGCCGAUGAGUAGCGAAAAUGAACGCCCAUCGAUUGACCAAUUGAUACGCGACGCGAUCGUCGCUAAAGAAUACAAAAUGGCCGUCGAGCAUUGUCAAACCGCAUCGAAGACAUCCGCAGUGAUGCUUACACUUCGCGAUCGAAUAAAUGAAUUCACAGAUGUGCAAUUCUACUUGUGUUACAUGCAACUUAUCUAUUCGAAAAUCUCGCUGAAUUCCGUCGUGCAACCCACGCAAGAAGAACAUGAAAAACUCAGCGAGAUGCAAAAGACUGUUGAUUAUCUCACCGAAGUUGUAAAGUUUCUCGAAACGAUGCGUGAAGCAAUGGCAUUGAUGUGUGAAUUGCUAACAAGCGUCACUAUUGGUGAUAUGCACGAAGCAGUUGAUUUUAUCAUUGCGGCCAGACAGUUUGAAUUGGAUGAUGCUGCGGAUGGUAUCAACGCUCUGCUGAAGAUAAUGCUAAGAAACGAGGAAGAUCGACGGAAUGUGGCUGGUGCUGCACUGCAAACAGUCUUUUUAACAACAGACGCUACUAAUUUACUUUCCCAUACAACUCAAGUGAUGGAAAAUCUGAUCAUGUUGUAUCGUACGGUGUCCACUUCAUCAUUCGACGCGUUGUCCACGCUGGUAACCAUGUGGGCAACACAAGGUACCCUCAGUAAUGACAUUAUCGACGCGUUAUGGAGCGCAUUCCUUCAAAAGACUCCAACGACGAAAGAAAAUUCACGUAUUGCGCUGUGUAUACUCAGACUAGCCACAGCCGGUAGGCAUACCAUCAUAGAUCGCAACUAUCGCAUUGUUGCAACGAUUUGUUUCGAAAAGUGCGGCUUUGAAGACCCGCUGCUUGUCGUUGAAGGUCUGGAAAUGUUACAAAUGUUAGGCACGGUUGGUAUAGUCGGUGAUGAACCUGCAUUCCGUUUAUUGGGCACUGAUCCAAUCUGGGGACAAAUUGUGUUUAUAAUCAAACAUUAUCAACACAAGAAAACACCCGUCGUGAAUAAUAUACUCGCGGCUGCGGUGCGGUUAAUUUUCGCCAUACAUUCCAAACCAUUCCCAUGCGUUGAAACACUUUUAAAAUGGUUCACACCACGCAGCCAGAAGACGCCAAUUCAUAAACUCAUCACGUAUUGUGUGCUGGUUGGUGAAAUUGCUGUGUCAAUGCAUAAAUAUCUCGAUACGGAUGUUUAUAAUGAACUGAAGCGGCGACAAAAUGUCCGGUUGAAGAAGAGCGGUAAAGUUAAAGAUGUCAGAGCUUCAGCCGCGUUGAAUAACUCCAGUGCAUUGAAACAGCGUAAUGCUACGGCGCUGUCCACGACUGGAAAUCUGGAUGAGUCUGUUAUUGACGGUGCGGAGGCAGCGGAUGAAGACGCUGAUUUCAUCACACACGUGUUGGAACACAGCCUUGAUAAACAAAUAAGUCUGAGUAGAAUGUUCGAAGUGGUGUUGUUAAUCUGUCGCAAACCUUCCGAAUACCCAACGGAGGUGCUCCAAGUAGCCGGUGCGUCAGCCCUCGCGCGCGGCAUGCUUCUCUCGGCUGUUUUCUGCGAAAAAUAUGUCCUGCUCUUGUUUACUAUGCUCCUGCGCAGCCCGUACGUGCAGGUAAAAGUAACGAUUCUCAUACAUCUUGUCGAUUUACUUGAUCGCUUCCCCAAUCUGAUAGAUCCAUACACCACGAAGUUAUACAUAUUGCUACAGGAUAAGACAACUGAAGUACGUCAAACAGCACUCAAUACACUUUCGCUACUCAUUCUGAAGGACAUGAUUCGUCCCCAGGGACACAUUUGGCAGCUGGCUGUGUGUCUGGUGGACGAUGACGCUUACAUUUGCAAAAUGGCGCGCUCGUUCUUCCUGCAGAGCUCUGAAAAGAGCAACAAUUUGUAUAAUUACAUGCCGGAUAUUUUCACAUCACUCUCGGAGAAAUUCCCGCGUGAAAAUACUGACGAGGCCGAUGUAAACGAAGAGAAAUUCCAAAUAAUAUUGAAGUAUUUAUUCACGUUGAUCGACAAAUCGAAACAGAUCGAAGUGUUGGUAGAGCGUUUCUGCUUGAAGUUUGACAAUGCAAAUGAUGCACUCGCCAAGCGCAUCGCGUUUGUUCUGGCGCUUAUGCCGUACAACGAGCGUGCGCUGCAGAAACUCAUCGAGAACUUCCCGAAGUUCAAACAUUUCAUCCUCGCGGACGAGGUGUACUCGUGGAUCAAGGUGAUCUGUACGAAUGCGAAGAGUAAGGAAUUGAAGGUACUGGCCACGCAGUUAGAGGAACUCGUCAAGGAGAUGUUUAAAGUCGACGGGAAUCCACCGCGUAACAUAUUCCGCAAACCUGCGCCGGCCAAAAAGAAGAAACAGCCAGUGAAGAACGCCGGGAGAAGGAAACUCAAACGACGGAACACCUUACAAGACAGCGGAAGCGAUAGCGAUGAAUAGUUUAUCCUACGCGGAAAGAGUGACAGUUGACAAGAAGAUAUUUUGAAUUUUUGUAAAUAUUGUUUUAUUAAAUUGUAUUAAAUAGGUUGAUUUACUGAUCAACAACAA